CAUUGGAAUCUCCGCCAGCUGCGCAGACUCAGCAGCCCUCGCGUCGUCACGCCAGGGUUUUCCGUCGGACUGCACGGAUUUGGUCGACUUAUUUAUUUAAUAAGUCGUUAUAUAAUACUCGCCGAGUUAAGGCACACUCUCGCACACGCUGAUCAUCCUCAACCUACUAGCGCACCCAAUGCGGUCUAAAGCCACAUGACAGCUCUCUGAUCGUCCUCCAUCCUCUCCCUGUGGUCUGUCUCCUCACAGCCCGUUCUCCUGACAGACUUGAAGCGACAACGCUGACCUGGAUAACCGCUGAGCUUGUGUCCCACACUAAGGGCAGGCCUUCCCAAGCAGACAGACUCCUACAUACACCAGUGGACAGACAACAGUGUCAGCAGCCCAUUAGCAGCCUGUGGCUCGAGGAGCAGCAGCACCAGCAGCAGCGUCCAACACUGCAUCCACACCAUCCUCCCUCAUCCUCCUCGUCCUUGUCGCUUCUGACAUGGCAGACCCCAGCCUCACAUCACCCUCUAGGAUCCCGCUGCGCUCCCCCAACACCUCUCUCACCCUCUCCUUCCCCUUCCUGAGGGAGGGCAGCCGGGUAUGGGAGGAAGGGAAAGAGCAGCCGCUGCCUCGGGAUUUGCCAAGCCCGUUGCCAACCAAACGCACCCGCACCUACUCGGCUACGGUACGGGCUCACUCAGGUCCGGUGUUUAAGGGCGUGUGUAAGAACUUCUCCAGGUCACAAGGCCACGGCUUCCUCCGACCCUCCCACGGUGGCGAAGACAUCUUUGUUCACAUCUCCGACAUCGACGGGGAGUACGUCCCAGUAGAGGGGGACGAGGUCACGUACAAAGUGAGCCGGGUCCCGCCCAAGAACCUCAAGGUGCAGGCCGUGGAGGUGAAGAUCAUUCAUCUCAACCCGGGGACGAAACACGAGACCUGGUCCGGCCAGAUCAUCAGCUCGUAGGCCUGAACUCCCGGGCCUGGUGGGUGGGUCAUGCUGGGCAGGGGCUGGGUGGGGGAGGGUGGACCCAUUGUGGGACUGAUGACUUACAUUCUGAGCUCAUAAACAUGUUUCACCUACACAGCAAAGCGCCCAGAGAUGAUAAUAAUUCAGGUGGAGCCGUUGUCCACUCACAGAGCUGAUUCGCUUUCUUCACAGCUGUCUACACUGGUGGAUUUGCUGUGUAUGUAAAACUGACCAUUUAUUCCCACACAUGUUUAAUUUAUUUAUAUAUUUUCUCAUGACAGCAGUAAUAAAAGUCAGAUUUGAGAUGGGAGGGUAAAGUAACAGGGUGGAGUAUCAAAGUUGUAAAUGGGAAAGAGCUUGUGGGGCCACAUAUUUCACGGAGAUCAGUUGUGUGAAUUAAGAAACGCUGGGAAAACAUAUGUAAACAUAACUGUGGUGUAGAUCUGCAAACUGAGGCAUGACAGCUGAGUUUCACUUCCCUUCUCUCAGGCUGUUGUGCACUUGUUUACUUCGCCAGAGUUUUCAGGAUCACAUGUUGGAUGCAAGUGUGGGUCAGAUCACUUGUUUUCACAACCUACACAGUGCAGACGUUGGAAAGAUGAGAAGAAACGAAAUGGACGUAAAAGCAAGUAGUUUAGGGAAUUUAAGUGAAGAGAUUGGAUAGUUGAGGGAGAGAAAGUAGAAAUGGCAGGUUGACCAUCCUUGACAGGAUGUCUUAUGAUCUUAUUAUUUCAGGUCACCAGUUUCAUGACCUUUUUACAGGACAAAAAAGUGGAAGAUUCAUUUUCAAAUGGAGAUAGGAAUGUACUGAAGUGAGAGCAAGUUCAGAGUUAGGAAUUCAGUUUGUCUCAGAGAGGAAAAGCAUGACGAGAGACCAGGACUUAAGCAGGCAGAUGACAUUAAACCAAGCAUGGAUAUUUCAAAAAAUAUUAAAGAAUUACACAUUUUACUGUUAAAAGGAAAGCGAUUGCAAGUAUAUUGCUGAAAAUUGCAGAUUCUCAGUUGUAUUGUCUUGUUUGUGGUUAUUUAUUUGAAUUAUUUAUUUCCUGGUGUGUUCAGAUGUGUGUGUCCUCAGAUUGCAAGCUCUAUACUUUGGGUAAUACAGUCAAACGUUACACUUAAACAAUUUUAACUUCCACUAUGAAAACUGCCAGAAAAUCGGCUCCAGAUAUCACUGUCAGCUUUUUCUCAAUUUGUUGUUCUGUUUGAAAAUGUCUGUUGCGAAUGCGUCUGGAGCCACCAAUUUCUCAUGAACAAAACGAUUUGUAAAUCUGUUUUUUCAAAACAUGUAUCUGUGUGUGAUUUAUUAAGCGUAGUCAGUGUGAUGGUGAACUACAUGACUUCCUAGUUGGUGCCAAACGACAUCACAUAAACGUUUGUAGUUAUUCAGGUUUUGCGCAGUACUGUACUGGAUGUCAUUUUCUAUUCUAUCUGUCCCAGAGAGUCUCUAUGCAUCUCGUCUAUCUGUCAGUGUCACUGCCUGGGUUUGUUCAGCAUUACAUUUAUUUCUGUCAUAUCAAAGGGCACUUUCUUUUGUGGACGAGCCACAGACUGUGGUGGUGAUCCCCAUGAUUUCUUCUACUGAGCCUUGAAAGAACAUUAAAGCAUUUUAUGAAUUACA